UCUGUGCAAGCUUGCCAAAUCAGAUUCGUAGGCCCGGAAGGUCCCGCACCUUACGCUCGCCACCCUGCUGUGGCUGGGUCUGCAUAGAUCAAACGGGCGUUCGGAGCAAUGUGCCUUCGUCACUGACACAAGAGCCUGCCAUCUCCCGCAUUGAAUUAGUCACGCGGGGUUGGACAGCCUGCAGUUACCCCCGGGUUCUCGCUCAUUGAGCCAACAUGAAUACAUGUGCUUCUCGCGUGCUCAGGACGCCAGACUCUGCUCCGACUUAGCAUGUCCAGCAAGUGGUCGCUCAUCCUGAAGACGUUCACGGCAUAUGCAGUAGUAAGCGAAGUCUACAGAAGCAGCAAAGGCCGACCCGAACGCACAUUGAGGGAGCGUGCCGUCAACGCGACCAAAGUGUGGCGCAGCAUCUGGUUUAACGCCACUUGCCCCAGUCUGACGACACAUUCAGCCUGUGACCAACCUCACCCGUCUCCGAUCCGACCUCUUUCGCGCAACAACAACAUGCACGCAUUGCAUGAAGGCGCAGAACUUAGAGGCGAGUCUGGAAAGACUUACCUGGCCGUAAGUGCUCUGGGCCAGGAGAAUGUAUGGACCGCCGUCGACAAGGAUGACGUGAGCACCAUUGUUGUGCUGAAAGGUCCGGCUUCCACGGACAUUGGCACAUCAUGGCCUCGCUUUCAGCACGAGAUGAUCAUGCAUGAGCUUUUCAAGGAAUGUAAGCAUGUACGCAAACAAGUUGACCGGAUUCCGCCCGUGCAGGGUAGCACCAGCCCGCCGAUCCUGGUCCUGGAGAUGAUGGAGACGACGUUAUGGGACGCGCGGAAGAUGCGAUCCUUCACCACCGAGGAGGUCAAACUGGUCGCGACCUACAUCUUACUUGGGCUGGCUGAGAUACAUCAGCGUGGGUUGGUCUUUGCCGACUUGAAGAUGCAAAACGUCAUGAUCAAUGGCUUUAGUGCAUCCGAGUCUAACAGCGGCAAGCUUUUGGCCAAGCUUGGAGAUCUUGGCAUUGUGAUGUCUCCCUCACGUGGUAAGGUGCAACCGGUUACAUACCGAGCACCGGAGGUCUACUUCAAGGGCGAAAUCACCCAGGCCGCGGAUAUCUGGGCCUUCGGCUUGGUAUACUGUCACUUGCUGGAAGCCCAGAAGCGCUUCACACGACCUGGCUUGUACGAUGAUCUUUACACUGGAACGGGAACGAUGCCCGAACGAGAGCAAGCAAUGCGCUAUGCGCUAUCCGACGAUUAUGACGUUGGCCACGUCGACUACUUCAAAGGUUGUCCGCUGCCGUACCGGGAUGAGCGCAAAGAGAUUGGCCAUCAAUGGGAGGAGCUUCGCAAGCGUGGCCUCGAGGAAGACGACAUUUCCUUCCUGAAGAAAGUCCUUGUGCCAGAUCCCAGAGAGCGGCCAACUGCCCAAGCUAUCUUGAUGUCUCGUUGGUUUGGGGGCGACGGUGAUCUAGAACCCACGAAAUCGUCCUCUCACGUUGACGAUCCACCUGACAGCAGUGAAGUUGGUGUCACUAACGGCUCAGCUCCACCUGCAAGACAUAGACGCGACGCUAGUAGCAGCGGACCAGCCGGACCAGGAUCCAUAGCGAUGCCAACGCCACGACCAGAGGCGUUGCUCAGAGGUCAAAGCCAAGCACUGUAUACGCCAUCCGUAACAACACCAGCUGCAGUCCAGGCAGGUCCUUGGAUUCCACCUGGAACUGCAGGUGGAACCCAAGUGUUCAACACACUAGCGCAAAAGCACAGCGAAAGCACGAACCCUCUCCGCAGUCACCCACUAAUGGCAAGUGUCCUCUCUCCGCCCGCGGAGGAGCCGGCCGCUGAAGAUAAGGCCAUGAUGGCUAGCGAUGAUGCUAUGGACGGCGUGGAGAAGGAGCAUGCAGGCGCAAACGGCCAGACUAACCCAGUGUCACCACCUACGUCGCCGCCUCCAAUGUACAGAGGCACAACCCAGCCCAACGUACUGUCCCCUGACCGCCGUCCGCAGCCCUAUAGCAGGUCGUCGACUUCAGGAGGGACGUGGCUCAAUUACCGGUAACGCACCGCUACCUAUAACUAUGAUUUAAAGGGAGGCCGGAGAACGAUUAGCGCACUUUUGGUUGCACCUUUUACACCAUGUGGCGGUCCUGAGGGGAAGGGCUCCACUGUAAGGGUUAUGUACAAUACCUGACGAGUGUACGAUGCGCAACAGGUUCACUUUCUGUUGUAGGCUAUGCAUGGUUAUAGGAGCUUUCUGGGAGGAAUGAAUGACGGUUCGGUUGACGACGGGAAAGCAGGUUCAUGGCGGUUAGUGCGGCAAAAGGUUUGCUGCAGGGUGAAGGUACCUUUAUGAGAUAUAGAUAUAGACUCACGAUCACAUACCAAUCGAAAGUGUACCUCACACGUACGUGUUGGAGAAGCUCA